AGUGCUCGAAGGGACUCUUCAGAGCAGUCUACGGAGAGGGGAGUUCCUUUCUUUGGAGCCUGGCUGGGGGAUUSUGGAGGUUCGAGUCCCAAGGAAGAAAAACGCGUCUCAACAAAGGCACCUAUUUGGGGAAAUCAAGUUACUUAUCUUCCUUUUCUCUCUGCCUGAUGAAAGAUUGUACAAAGCCAUGAAGUCAGUAAUGCAACAUUAGGUCUAGGAAGAUGAGGUGCCUCACUGAAUUUCUUCAGUUGCUGAUUCUGCUGGAAAUGGGACAGAGAAGUCAGAGCACCGAGGAGUGCCCUUCCUCCUGCGAGUGCUUGGAUGGGAUUCACUACAAAAUUACCUGCCGGGAAAUACAUUUCAUCCCCAGCCUCCCACAAGGAACUCAGAUUUUGAGGUUUAUGGAAACCCAUCUGAGAACAAUUCCCAGUGAAGCAUUUUCCAAUCUUCCCAACAUCUCUAGGAUCUAUAUCAGCAUUGAUGCAGUGCUACAAGUACUGGAGGCAUCGUCUUUCAACAGUUUAAACAAAGUUACGCAUAUAGAAAUCCGAAACGCUAGAAGCUUAAGCUACAUACAUCCGGAGGCCUUUAUCAAUCUCCCAUUGUUAAAAAACCUUGUGAUUAUGAAUACUGGACUUGGAGUUUUUCCUGAUCUCACCAAAAUUGAAUCAACGGAUAUGAACUUUUUGCUGGAAAUUGCUGAUAAUCCAUCCAUGAGUUCAGUACCCACAAAUGCAUUUCGUGGGCUAUGCAAUGAAUCCCUUAUGAUAAAACUCUACAAUAAUGGUUUCACCAGAAUAGAAGCCUAUGCGUUCAAUGGAACAAAGUUAGAUUCUUUGCACCUGAAUAAGAACAAAUAUUUAAGUGCUAUUCAUGAAGAUGCAUUUUUGGGUGUUCAGAGUGGUCCAAGUCUAUUCGAUGUCUCCCAGACAGGUAUAACUAAACUUCCAGCAAGAGGGCUGGAAAACCUUAAAGAAUUGAUAGCUGAAAAUACCUGGACCCUUAAGAAAUUGCCUCCAGUAAAGACUUUUCCUUACCUGAUAAAUGCGGCUCUCUCAUACCCAAGUCACUGCUGUGCUUUCAAGAACUGGAAAAAAUCAAAAGGAAUUCUGGAGUCCUUGCUGUGUAAUCAAACUAACAAUGAUAACUUCCGACAAAGAAGAUCUACUGGUACCUUCAGUGGUCCGCUUUACCAAGAUUAUGCGGAAGAUUAUUUAGAUCGGACUGAUACUGUAUAUGACGAGACCUCCAAAUUUAGUGAUGUUCGUGCAAAUUCUCAUUAUUAUGUCUUUUUUGAAGAACAUGACAAUGGCUUCGGCCAUGAGCUCAAGAAUCCUCAAGAGGAGAAUAUUGCAACAUUUGACAACCAUUAUGAAUAUACUCUUUGUUCAGGUACUGAUGAUAUUAGUUGUACUCCAGAACCUGAUGAAUUCAACCCAUGUGAAGAUGUAAUGGGCUACCAAUUUCUAAGGAUUGUGGUAUGGUUUGUGAACUUGCUGGCCAUUGUAGGCAAUGCUUUCGUUCUCUUUAUUCUACUCACCAGCCAUUACAAGUUGACAGUCCCACGAUUCCUGAUGUGUAAUUUAGCCUUUGCUGAUUUCUGCAUGGGAUUAUAUCUUCUCCUGAUUGCUUCAGUGGACCUUUACACUAGGUCAGAGUACUACAACCAUGCCAUUGAUUGGCAGACUGGGUCUGGUUGUAGUGCUGCUGGCUUUUUCACUGUCUUUGGUAGUGAAUUGUCAGUCUUCACCUUGACUGUAAUCACCCUAGAGCGUUGGUAUGCUAUCACUUUUGCCAUGCGCUUGGACAAGAAAAUCCGCCUCUGGCAUGCUUCUGUUAUCAUGCUGGGUGGUUGGAUGGUAUGUUUCCUUCUUGCUCUUUUACCAUUGGUUGGCAUUAGUAGCUAUGGAAAAGUCAGUAUCUGCCUUCCUAUGGACACCGAAACACCCUUGGAUCAAGCCUACAUUGUAUUUGUUUUACUGCUGAAUAUCAUUGCUUUUGUUGUAAUUUGUGCUUGUUAUGUAAAAAUCUAUAUUACUGUGCGGAACCCUCAAUACAAGUCAGGGGACAAAGACACCAUCAUUGCCAAAAGGAUGGCUGUGCUGAUUUUUACUGACUUCCUGUGUAUGGCGCCAAUCUCUUUCUAUGCCUUAUCUGCUAUUAUGAACAAACCCCUGAUAACUGUCAGUAACUCAAAAAUCCUGCUUGUCUUGUUUUACCCACUCAACUCUUGUGCUAACCCAUUCCUCUAUGCUAUCUUUACCAAAGCUUUCCAAAGGGAUGUCUUCAUUUUGCUUAGCAAGUUUGGAUUAUGUGAGCACCAAGCUCAAGUCUACAGAGGCCAAACCGUCUCCCCCAAAAAUAGCGGUGGCUCCUAUAGUCAGAAGGGCAGUCAUGGGAUGAGUCAGAAUCUCCCACAUCUUCACAGCAAUUCUCCUGCUUCAUCUGGAAAUUACUACCCAGCAGUUAUGCUGCAUAGUCAAGGGACCAUGCCAGACAGUAAGAUGACUGUGUUGUAGACGCUGGAUGCGUAAACGAUGAUCAGACCAAUAGGAGCUUGGCUUAGAUAUGUAGCUGAUAAGAAUGUUUUUAGUUUUUGUGUAUUCUGAUUUUUAUGUGCCUUAAAUCUAGCUGUAAGAACAUAAGAAGACCCAUAUUGAAUCAGAACAGAAACUGUUUCAUCCAGUCAGGUGCCUAUAGCAAGCCCAAAGCAGAACAUUAGCAUUCGCCUGCUAUGAUUUCUCACAGAAAUUCAGAGACAUUUUGCCCAUGACAGGAGAAAACAGUACGGUUUGAAAUCCCUUAUAAGGAAUUCUGAAAUUCCAAUAUGCUAAAUUGUCUACAUGGGUGUCUUUAGGUGCUACAAAGUCCUCCUUUGGGGGGAGAAGGACAGGGUAUGAGUACAGUAAAAAUAAAUAAAUGAAUGAAUGAAUACAGAGGGAUGUAGGUAAUAUCAGUCCCCACAGGACCCAGAAAACAAC